GCCGCUAGUGACACACGGACUGUAGUCUCGCGCUCAGCCCGGGAUAACGGACAGAGCUUCUUCUGAUCGCUCUGUAUCUCCAGAUCAUUUCCGCGCAUCUGUCAGCGAGGCUCGGACGCGGAUCCGGAGAGGGACGGUGUUGUUGUCGUUACCGGGGACAGGACGCGCUUGGAAACGGCGGUGAUCCGUGAAUGGAUGCAUCAUGUCUUCGUUUGUGUGCCGCGUUCAGUUUCUCGACGACACCGAUCCGUUCAACAGCACGAGCUUCCCGGAGCCGACACGAGCUCCUCUCUACAGCUUCAGAGAAGAGCUGCCUCUGAUCGAGCAGAUCGCGGGGGUCCACAGGCUCCUCGGGGCCCCUCACAAGCUGGAUGACUGCGCUCUGCAGCUCUCUCACACCGGAGUGUAUCUGGAUCUGGAGUCGACUCUGGACGAGCAGAGAGAUGAACUCGAGGGAUUUCAGCCUGAAGACUGCGCAGGGAGGGGAAAGAAGCACAGUGUGAUCUUACGCACUCAGCUGAGCGUCCGUGUUCACGCGUGUAUCGAGAAACUGUAUAACUCCAAUGGCCGUGACCUGAGGAGGGCGCUGUUUUCCCUCAAGCAGAUAUUCCAGGACGAUAAGGACCUGGUUCAUGAGUUCGUUAUGGCUGAAGGUCUGACGUGUUUAGUUAAGGUCGGCGCUGAAGCGGAUCAGAACUACCAGAACUACAUCCUCAGAGCUCUGGGUCAGAUCAUGCUAUAUGUGGACGGGAUGAACGGGGUCAUAGGUCACACCGAGACCAUCCAGUGGCUCUACCUGCUCAUCGGUUCAAAGUUUCGUCUGGUGGUCAAGACAUCUCUGAAGCUGAUGCUGGUGUUUGUUGAGUAUUCAGAGUCCAACGCACCGCUGCUCAUCCAGGCCAUCAACACUGUGGACUCUAAGAGAGGCUGUAAGAAGUGGUCAAACGCCAUGGAGAUUUUAGCAGAGAAGGAUGGUGUGGACACAGAGCUGCUGGUCUACGUGAUGACCCUCAUUAACAAGACGCUGGCGGCGCUGCCCGAUCAGGACUCCUUCUAUGAUCUGGUGGAUGUUCUGGAGGAGCAGGGCAUAGAGAGCGUGUGUAGGCGUUAUAUGGGCCGUAAGGGAACAGAUCUGGAUCUGCUGGAGCAGCUCAGCAUCUACGAGGCCACUCUGGGGCACGAGGACGGUGUUGAAGACGCUCGCCUUGACAGACGGACAGAGGGGCGGGGCUUGCAGAGACGCCGCAGCCACAGGCAUUCAUUGGGCAAAUCAGGCCACGCCUCCCCACUCAGCCCCGCCUCCAAACACAGCACAAACUUCCAGGAGCACAACGAGAGCACAUCAGAGCACAGCAGCACACUCACACCUGAGGAGGCGGAGCCGAGGAAGGCCCCAGAGGCUCCGCCCCCUCCUGGCUCCGCCCAGCCGUCACUCCUAGCCAAUCUGCUGGCACGGCGUGGAUUGUCUGUCAGCAUUCCGUCGUCCAAUAAGAUCGGCCCUCCGCUGCGAGGCUCCGCCCACCUGCCGUACCUGCCCCACUCGCCCUUCUUCCUGUUCUCCUACGAUCUGGAGGAGCAGGAGGAUCAGAAGAGCAGCAGGUCGUUCUCCACAGCAGCCAAACAACACAAUGACCGGCCUGCUGUGGACGGCCUGCUGUCGUCCUCGUCUCUGGCGGCGGAGAGAGAGAGACGACGUGUGGAGCGAGAGGAGCGACUGCAGCGCAUCGAGAGAGAGGAGCGCAACCGACACAGUCGGGACUAUGUGUCCAACAUGGAGGAGGCCAGACACGCUCGAGAGGAGAGGUUUCGGACGGCCGAGCGACUGGCGGACGAAGAGUUUGAGCGAGAGCGAAUGCGUUCUGCGGCUCGAGGUCUCAGCCUCACUCUGAGCCCGACGGACACCUGUCAAUCAUCCCGCAGUGCCACGCCCUCCUCUGUGACAUCACAGGACGAGCAGGACACGCCCAUCACGUCGUACCCGCCCUCUGAACCAGACACCAAUGAUCUAGAACCAGACGCGGAGGCCAGUCUAGAACCCGACGAGAAGGACGUAGAACCCAGAGAAGAACAGGAAGAGGAAGUGGAGGAGAUGAGUACUGAACAGGAAGUGGGCGGAGCCGAGGAGCGGGCGGAAGAGGAAGAGGAGGGGUCUGAACGGGAAGCGCCAGAUGGAGAAGCAGAGGACAGCGGGAUCUUGAGUGAUAAAGAACGACAGAACGAAGAAGUGAACGAGAAGGACAACUGCUCGGCCUCCAGUAUAUCGUCAGCCAGCAGCACACUAGAGAGAGAGGAUAGACCCCCUGCAGGAGCCGGGACGGGUCAGUGGCCUCAGAGCGUCAGAGACGUGAAUGAACAACGAAACAAGAUCCUCGACAGCAAGCUCUUCAUACUGGACAUGCUCUACUCGCAGAGCAAGAAACCCUCGGAGGAAGACGAGGACGAAGACGAGCUGGCCGAGGACAAGGAGCAAGACGCAAAGGAAAAGGCUGAGGAUUCGUCGCAGGAAGCAACACCUCGGGAAGAGAACGAUGCUAGGCAUGAAGAAGACAAGAAAGUGGAGAACCAGAGCAACGUGCGAGCGUUUGCCGAGCGCUUCGGAGACAUCGUGAAGGGUCUCACCUCUCCACCAAUAGAAACACAGGAAUCUCCUCUUCCUCCUCCUCCUCCUCCUCCAGCUCCGAAGAAAGAGUCAGACUCUAUCUGGGACCAGCUGAUGGCGAGUCCGCGGGAUCUGCGCAUCGGCGACAUCGACUUCACCGAUCUAGGAGACGAGGAUGACCAGGAUGUCCUGGACUCUGGGAGUUUAUACAGCUCUGGUGAUCUGCUGGCUCCGCCCCCUCCGCCACCGCCCUGCCCCUUUAAUCUCCCGGCUCCACCCCCUAUGUUCGGCUGUCCUCCGCCCCCUCCCAUGUUCAGCAUCCGCGUGCCUCCGCCCCCUCCCUGCUUCUCCAGCCAGGCUCCGCCCCCUCCUCAGCAGCAGGCGGAACAACCUCCACUCUUCCAGAAGAAGAAGAAGACCAUCCGCUUGUUCUGGAGUGAAGUCCGGCCCGCCGACUGGAUCUACCGCAAUCACAAACGCAGCCAAGAGUCGCUCUGGUCCAGACUUGAACCUGUCAAACUUGACACGGCUAAACUUGAACACCUGUUUGAGAGCAAAUCCAAAGAGAUGCCCGUGACUAAGAAAGUGGCAGCGGAUGGGAAGCGGCAGGAGAUCAUCAUUCUGGACUCCAAACGCAGCAACUCCAUCAACAUCGGUCUGACGGUUCUUCCCCCUCCGCGCACCAUCAAAACCGCCAUACUCAACUUUGACGAGUACGCGCUCAACAAAGAGGGCAUUGAGAAAAUCCUGACAAUGAUUCCUACAGAAGAAGAGACGCAGAAGAUCCAGGAAGCUCAGCUAGCAAAUCCUGACAUUCCACUGGGCAGCGCGGAGCAGUUCCUGCUGACCCUGUCCUCCAUCAGCGAGCUCUCAGCACGCCUGCAGCUCUGGGCCUUCAAACUCGACUAUGAAGCCAGCGAGAAGGAAGUGGCCGAGCCACUACAGGACCUGAAGGAGGGCAUGGAUCAGCUGGAGAAGAACAGAACGCUGCGCUUCAUCUUAUCGACUCUGCUGGCGAUCGGAAACUUCCUAAAUGGCUCCAGCGCCAAAGGUUUUGAUCUGACGUAUCUGGAGAAGGUUCCUGAGGUGAAGGACACGGUUCAUAAGCAGUCGCUCCUGCUUCACGUCUGCAGCAUCGUGGUGGAGAACUUCCCCGAGAGCACAGACCUGUACUCUGAGAUUGGCGCUGUCACACGCUCCGCUAAGGUGGACUUCGACCAGCUGCAGGAGACUCUGACUCAGAUGGAGUGGCGCUGCAGAGCAUCAUGGGACCACCUGAAAGUCAUCGCAAAGCAUGAGAUGAAGCCGGCACUGAAGCAGAAGAUGUCAGACUUCUUAAAGGACUGCGCUGAGAGAAUCAUCAUCCUCAAAACUGUCCACCGCAGGAUCAUGAACAGGUUUCGCUCAUUUCUGCUGUUCCUGGGUCAGCCGGCGUACAGUGUUCGUGAGAUCAACGUGACUCGGUUCAGUAAACUGCUCAGUGAGUUUGCUCUGGAGUAUCGCACCACACGAGAGCGUGUCCUCCAGCAGAGACAGAAGCGCGCCGAUCACAGAGAGAGGAACAAGACGAGAGGGAAGAUGAUCACAGACAUCAGCCCACCGACAGAUGAUGAAGAGGACAGUGAGGUGGGUCGUGUGUGUGUGAGCAGCAGCAGUAACGCUCCUCCUGUCGAGCCGCAGAUCGAGCCGCAGAGUUUGUGUCACGCUGAAGAAGCAGCCGAACACGAGCAGAUGAAGGCCGUGCUGAAGAGCAGCCUACAGAGAGGAGACAAUGACAGCACCGGAGCGAGGGUCCUCAGGACACGCACACGCGCCAGCAGAGGCCGCACUGCAUGGACUGCAGCGAACGAAGAGGCUCAGUGCACGACAGAUGAUGCUGCAGACGAGAUCAUGGACAGAAUCGUACGAUCAGCCACUCAGAGUCCCAGAGAACGAACUCAACCCCGUGAACGCCACCGCUCUCGCGUGCACCGCAAAUCACUGAGGAGGACUCUGAAAGGUGGUCUGACCGCAGAAGAAGCUCAAGCGCUGGGAUUGGACACAUCAGAGAUGCCGUUGUAAUGGGACAUCCUGUCCAAGCACACUGAGGCUGUUGACUUCAGCAGAACUCAUCUCAAGACAAGAUAAAAUCCAACAUACCACAGUAAAAACAUGGUUUAAUAAUGAAACAGCUGCAGAAUCUUUCACUGGUCAUAUAUACAGCAAAGCUCCGCCUCCACACUGUGUGUUUGAUUGUAAACCACGCCUCCUCGUUACAUACACGCCUCACCAGCCAACUGCAGGCCGUCACUGUGAUGAUGUAAAAUCCCUUUACAGUUUAGUUUAAUGAAAGGUAAGAUCAGAUGUUUUUACCCCGACUGAACACUAUCUCAGGGUUUGACUGUCAUUUUAUGUUUGCGUCGGUCAGCUCAGUGAAACCGUGCUCUGAUACUUUGGAUUAUUUAUUGCUAAAUGUACAAUAUGUAGGGACAACUUUCAACAGAUAUUUAACGUGUGUAUAUUUUAAAUCCUACAAUCCUAGAUGUUGUUUUCAAACAGUAAAAAUCCUUUAAAACACAAACAGACUCUUUUGUGCAGUUC